AUGUCUCAAUAUUUAACAUUUCCAAAUAUUGAUGUCAGGACAAUCAAAGUUACGCUGAAAAAGCCGAAGACUGACAAACAGGUCAAGUGGACAUCAGAGACAGUCGAUAAUGAACACCUCAACCGGAAAAAGUCAAAAUGUAUUAAAGUUUUUAAACGUUUGUCUUCCAGUUCUAACAUCGGUUAUUUCUUAGGCUGCUGCAUAUAUGAAAAGCCGAGGGUGUUUGGAGAGAGUUCCUCCGAGGACGAGGGCGAAUGCGAAAACUGCUUUGGCCACGUCGAGAUGAAAAAAAAGAAUAAAAAACCUCCUUCGCCCGAACCACCUGAAACACCUUCACCAACUUAA